AUGGCACCGGAACUUCGUUUCCACGAUCCGUGGGUGGACAAUACCGACCUACCGCCUACGGAGCUCUGGAUCGAUUUGAUCCGACUAGCGACCAAUCUGCAGGCGCUGCAGAUACAUACGCCACAGUAUGCACGACUCCAGCUCCUUGAUGCUGUCAAGGACAUGGCUAUAGCCGUCAUCACAUCGCCUCCCGAGAUCGCAUCAACCCUUCCCCUUUUCAAACUACGGACGUUGAGCUCCUCGUUGUCCCGGAUCGGUCAUCGGUCGAGAGCAAGCUGUGUGGACCUGACACCCCGCGUAUCCGACCACGACUGGUCCUGCUCGGCUAUGCUCCUGCCUCACCUCCAGAGAUUCGACGCCUCGUAUACGGAAUGCGCCGAUCCUCGCCCGCUGGCCAAAAUUCUGCACAUGCCCUCUAUAGGGCUCAAUCUGCGAGAGUUUAGACUGAGCAACUGUCUCUUCGAUCGUACGUUCAUCCAAAGUCUACUAAGCCUCCACCCAACACUGCGCAAGCUCGAAUUGAUAUUGCCCGGCUCCGACGACCAUCCAGGCUUCGAUGGCAUCAGAGUCCUACAGGCCAUCCUCGCCCUCGGCUCACAUCUCGAGCACCUAACCAUCGAUCCUGGAAGACGUUUUCACGACUGCAGACUAGACGACCUCGGCUACGGACGUCCCAGCUUCAAGUCCUUGACAACCCUCCGCACUCUGGAGAUCUGUGUCCAUGCUAUAGUUGAUUUCAACCUCGGGAUUGACCCGAGCAGCUACGAAGCUGACAUCGCAUUCCAGCACCACAUGCACGACCUACUACCCGCCUCAAUCGAGACCCUGAUCCUGUUCCCCCGGCACCGUUGGACUCCGGUAUCGCGCGAGCUACUGCCGUGUAAGCGGUGGUUGAGGGCAUGGCUCUCCAGCGAGGAUCGUCCGCCUGCGUUGCGGUGCUUGGGCGUUGGGUACCCUUUGAAGCAGGGCGGUGAGGCGCUUUCGAUCGAGCUGGGAGGCGACUUGUGGCUGGAGUGUGCCGUGGGGAGAGCAGGUGGCCGAGGGGGACAUCGCAGGCCCUAUGACCUUGUGAGGCUGUUGUACUCGUGGUUUCCAACAUCGUGCUCGGGUCGGAAUUUUGUUGUUGGUGGAAUACUAUAG